AUGCAAUCAUUCCAAGCUGUGAUUGCCAUCCUCUUGGCCACCAUGGUCAACAUGGCACUUGGAGCGGCGGAAAUCCACGCCACGGCCUUGAUUUUGGCCAGUACCUUCCUCAGCACUGUCGCCUCCUCCACUUUCCAGCACGCGAUUGUCGCUGCGCCUGGCACCCGAGGAUCCAUCGGUACCCGCAAAGUCUCGACUCUCCAGGCCAACGACACCGGCAGCUGCUACAACGCUUCUACCUUUCCCCACACAGUGAAUGACAGCUCAGCCUUGGUGCCGUGGACCGACAUCCUGAACAAGAAUGACACAGACUCAUACCUGUGGCUGUACGAUAUUUUCGGGGAUCUUUGCUGGGAGAUCAGCGAGACGAUUUUGACCCGCGACAUACCGUACACCCACUGCAAGUCUGACAACUACACCAACGGCACGUACAGCAUCAUGGCGCAGAUGACGUACCUCGGCCCGAAUGACACCUACGACAUGCGUGGAAAAUACGACAACUGCAUCGGGGCCUUGGUCAUCACCAUGUGGUGUCCAUACGGCGGUAUCUUCGAGCACAAGCUUCCCUGUUUUGGUCCUCCUAACGAGUUGCAGGCCUGGGAGGUCCAGGCGCGGCCCAUCAAGGGGCCUUGCCCGGACUGUGCCAAGGGACUGCCUCCCCCGGAUGCUUAG